CGGGUGCCAAAGCUUACGUGUGCCCUAAUCAUUUGAGUAAUGCAGUGCCCCACUGCGAUGCUCGCAGCAGCGUCAGACAAACCAAGGGCAGUUCCAUCGCCGGCUCGAGCUGACAACGUGUGCGCGAUCACAGAAAGGUUUCCAGAUACAUCAUAAAUACACAUGCAGCGAAACUGACAGUGUUUUCCACCUACAGAGCGAGUUGCGUGAUUUUGCACUGCUUCACCAACGUCUCAUCACCACACUAAUUUCUCUGAAGGCUGCAGAGCUCGGUUUGAAGAGGCCAGCAUUAGUAUUAUGCAGCGCAUACAUCGGCAAUAUCCCAAAUGAUGCACUGCCUGCGUGGCCUGCGCGGGCUUACGGAGGGCCUUCCGUCCACGGUUGCAGCCCCGCUGCAGCACCUGGCGCCGGGCUUCUUUCGGUCACUGGUGGCGGAUUCACCAGAGGCGGAGGCAUGGGAGCAACAUACAGCGAACAGCUGGCCUUUGUCGCCUCAGGACAUGCAUGUGAAGGAGCGGGGGCGGGGUGAGGAGGCCUCCACUUCACCACGUUGCAGGGGCGCGGCGUCGGCAGUGCGCGUACAGGGUGCCGCUCUGGGACGGCGAAGGGUGUUGCGGCUGGCUGGCUCUGACACCUUCGUUUCCAACGUGGCGACGCUGCUUUUAACACUUCAGCAGCAGCACGCGCCAGGGGAUUCGCAGGCUGGGAGGGCCACAGUAGCUCGUGGAUGCAGCCUGGCGUGGCGUGAAGCGGUGGGGGACCCACGCUUCCUGCAGCUCUUCCCGCGCCGAAUCUCACCGGACACGAAGGACAUCCUGCAGCGGCUGCAGGGCGGUGCGCGGAGCAGUGAACCAGGUGGUGCAGGCGGCAAGGCACGGGACAUCGCUUGGACGCGGGAGGACGCGGCCCGGCACUCAGCGAUGCUGCGGCUCAUAGACCAGCUGCAGGAGGUCCAGCGCCAACUGCAGGAGGCUAUGCCUCAGGACGAGGACUCGGACAGCGACGAGGACGGCACCGACAGCAGCUAUGUAACGGUGGCUGCCUUCACGGUUGAAGACGGUUCCUUCAUGUCGCAGCCCCGGGACCGUACGCGGUCAGCAAGCGGCAGCGCACGUGGCAUGGACGGCGACAUGGACGCAGCAGACGGCGGGCUCGGGGAGCAGGCGCCCAGCUCGUGGCCCUGUCCGCUGGGCCGGCGCCGGAGAGCGCCAGGCGGCCGGCUGCUGCGGGCCCCGGUGCCGCCUUGGGACGACACGCAGCCAUUCCAGACGCACGUGGGCACAGUGUAUCAUUUUUGGCGGCUGGCUCCGUAUGGCUGAGGCCGUGGUGGCUGUAGGCUAAGGGGCCACGCCAUGGAUUUUGGGGUUAGCUUGCGGUAUGCCUAGGCUAUCCGCAGGGGCAAGUACUGGUCAAGUGGUCGCAGCAAGCUGGCGCGGUGCGGAUGCUGGCAGUGCAUGUGUGCGUGCAACCUCGCAGCAUGGUUGAGUCUAGCCGUCAAGAGCUGCCUAGGCGAUGGUUCAGCUGCUUAACAUACAGAGGACAAAACAGUAUAAUGCAGUCCGCGGUGGGGCUGGCAGGGCAUGCGUAGCGGCAUGACAAGUACGGUAGUGCGGCUGUUGACAACUGUGCUGCGUCUGGCUGCGGUUGGCUCUGCUAUGGCAUCGCGAUUGCUAUUUGGCUAUGUGCCUGUAGAAACCGACCCCAGUUAUGUCCGGGCGAUGAGGUUGUUCGGCCUCGGGAUGUGGAGGGGCUCAGCCCCUUUUCCCGUGGCCGGGGAUCACUUGUCAUAAGUUGCCACGG